ACUAAGUCUACGAAGUGAAAGUUACUUCCGGAUUUUCCAGAGUUUGGCUGUCGAAUACUUGUGAUUUAAUUAUUGCGAUCCGAGGGCAGGACGGAAGUGUUUAAGUGAUAAGUUUUCAGGCUGCAUUUGUAGCUGGUUGUGUUUCUGGACUCGGGAUUAUUCAAGAUGCCUGUGUUCCACACAAAAACCAUAGAAAGCAUUCUGGAGCCAGUGGCACAGCAGGUGUCCAGACUGGUCAUUCUCCAUGAAGAGGCUGAGGAUGGGAACGCCAUGCCGGACCUGGCCCGCCCCGUACAGACGGUCAAACUGGCGGUCGACAACCUGGUCAAGGUGGGAUAUGACACAAUUAAUAGCAGUGAGGACCAGAUUCUUAAGCAGGAUAUGCCCCCCGCCCUCAAUCGUGUGGAGGAGGCGUCCCUGCUGCUCCUCCAGGCCUCGGAGAUGUUGAGGGCAGACCCUUACUCUGCCCCCGCAAGGAAGAAGCUCAUUGAGGGCUCCAGAGGCAUCCUCCAGGGGACCUCCUCUCUGUUGCUGGCCUUUGAUGAGUCUGAGGUCAGGAAGAUCAUCCGUGUGUGUAAGAAUGUGCUGGAGUACCUGGCUAUCACAGAGGUGGUGGAGAGGAUGGAAGAUCUGGUCACCUAUGUCAGGAACCUGACCCCAGUACUGACCCGCAUGACAAAGGAAGUGGACGCCAGGGAGAAGGAGCUGACCCACCAGGUUCACCGGGAGAUGCUGGUCCGGUCCCUGGAACAGGUGAAAAACCUCACACCUGUACUGAUCAGUGGCAUCAAAACCUUCAUCACAGUCAAGGACUCAGGUAAGAACCCCCAGGACACCCAGGCCAACAGAGAUUACCUGGUGAGGAAGAUGUCGGAUGAGAUCCACGAGAUAAUCCGCGUGCUACAGCUGACGACGUACGACGAGGAGGAAUGGGACGCAGAUGACAUCACCGUCAUGAAGAAGGCCCAGAGUGGUAUUGAACAGAAGAUGAAGCAGGCCACUGAUUGGCUACAAGAUCCAGCCGCUCUGAUUGGUAGUUUGGGAGAUAAAGCCCUUCACCAGGUGUUGGACGAUGCCAGGAAGAUCGCAGAAAGAUGUACCAACCCAGCCGACCGGGAUCAAAUCCUCAAGACGGUGGGAGACAUUGAGUCAAUGGUGGAUGCCCUGUGUGAGCUGAGACAGCUCGGAAAGGGGGAUUCCCCACAAGCCAUGUCAUUGGCCCGAGAAAUCCAGAAGAAGCUGGGAGAUCUCCAGAACAUGACCAAUGUAGCCAUUGCCAACACGGAGCGGAGUGGGAUCCGUCGCCCUGCUCCCACAGUGGACGGCAAAGUAGAACAGGCCCGGACAUGGCUGGCCAACCCUGGGAUGGACGACAAAGGACUAGGUGAGCAGGCCACUCGUCUGGUCGUGUCGGAGGGGAGGAAGAUCGCCAACUCUUGUCCCGAGCCCAUGAGGAAGGAACUAUUACGUUUGUGUGACGAGACUGAGAUACUGACCAAUCAGCUGGCAGAUCUCAUUAGGAAUGGGCAGGGAAAUUCGCCUCAAGCCCGAGCCAUAGCCAAUCAUUUGUCAGAGAAGCUGUUCCAGUUGAAAAAUAAAAUCAAAGAGGCCCUCAUUAACCAGGUGGCUGAGGAUUUCAUCGACAUCUCUACUCCUCUUAAACAUCUCAGUGAGGCAUCCAUUGUUCCUAUCGGUACUCCAGGUAGAGACCAGAACUUUGCAGAAAAAUCUCAGAAUUUUGAGGGACAUGCAAAUAAACUUGCUGACACAGCAAAAAUGGUGGCCACUGCUGGAGGAUGUCGCAACAAGAAAACGGUCGAGGAGAUCUUCAAAACCUCGGCUCAGGUGGAUGACCUGACCCCCCAGGUAACCACAGCAGCCAAGAUUGUGUUCCAGGACCCCGGGAACCAAGCAGCCCAGGAGCACUUUGACCUGAUGAAGAAGCGCUGGAUGGACAACAUGGAGAGACUUCGGGGACUGGUGGACGAGGCGGUCGACUCAUCGGCCCUCAUCAAGGCUGAGGAGGAGGGGAUUAUGCGGGACACAGAGAGAGUGGAGGAUGCUAUACAGAUGAAGGACCCCCCUCGUAUCGGGGCCCACGCCUCAAACAUUGCGCGGCGAGCAAACCGUGUCCUGCAGGUGGCGCAACAGGAGGCGGAGAAUAGCGAGGACCCAAAAUAUGUGGACCACGUCAACCAGGCGGCCUCUAAUCUACGCGCAAAUUUAGGUGUGGUAGAAUCCAUUGCCCCCAUGGUACAAGGAGCCAAAGGAGUCUCCAUGAAUCCAGCAGACACAAACGCCCAGCAGAACUGGAGGAAAGCCAAUCAAACUCUGAUUGAUGCUGUCCGUGAUGUGAGGGGAGCGGUUACCGUGGAUGCUGGAGUUGACCAGUUUCCCCCACCCCCUCCCCCAGACCUGUCCGAACUCAAAAUAUCAGACUUGUAUGGCCCCCCUCGGUGGGAGCCGAUCACCCCCAGCCGAGCCCGGCCUCAGGCUGCGCCUGUCCCGGUCAGUCCGCGACCCCCCAGGGCUCCAGUCUUCUCCCCCCACAGUGACCCUCACUAUAGAAAUGUGAACACUAGAGUGCCGGACCAGUUCGCUGACGGACCUAUCAUGUACCAGCCCCAAGCGACCCUACAUCAGGACCCCCUAUACCAGGGACAGUCCUGUGCUCCGUUGGUGCCCCCACCCCCCGUACCCCCGCCCCCACAGGAGUACGGGUUCUAUGGCAGAGAUGGUGGAGCUCCACCCAGACCUCCACUCCCCAAUGACAAUGCCACACCCCCCAGACCCCCGCCCCCAGAGACGGACGAUGAGGAUGAGGCGGCCUUCCCAACCCCCCAGGCGAACCAGCCAAUCAUGAUGGCAGCCCAUGCUCUCCACAUGGAGGCCAAGCAGUGGUCCAGUAAGGACAAUGACAUCAUCGCUGCUGCCAAAAAAAUGGCCUUACUGAUGGCCAAGCUCAGUCAGCUAGUCAGGAUUCCGUUCGAUUUCAAGGGCCUCAACUCAGUGCUGGGUCUGAAGGAAUCGCCCGUACUUGGAGGAGAGGGAGGAAGUAAGAAGGACCUUAUCGCUACGGCUAAAUCCAUCGCAGAGUCCUCAGAGGAAGUGACACGACUCGCCAAGAAACUGGCAGCGGAAUGUACAGACAAACAGAUGAGGAAGAAUCUCUUACAAGUGUGUGAGCGGAUCCCAACCAUUGGCACACAGCUGAAGAUCCUGUCUACAGUCAAGGCCACCAUGUUAGGAGCCCAGGAGCCUAUACCAGCCCCAGACGGCAGCGAGAUAGAGUGUGGUUCUAAAGAGGACCAGGAAGCGACGGAGAUGUUGGUGGGAAAUGCCCAGAACCUGAUGCAGGCCGUCAAAGAGACGGUGCGAGCGGCAGAGGCAGCCUCCAUCAAAAUCCGCGUGGAUUCUGGCUACACAAUCCGCUGGCUCAGACGCAGACCCUGGUACACCUCGUGAGUCGGAUGUCUCUAGGAUCUUCUAUUACCCAGGACCGGAACACCCCGGGGACGAGUUGAGGGGGUCCGGUAGUGUGUAUCGCGUAUAUAUACCUAGGUGUAACAUGUGACUGACAUAUCUAUUGUUUUAUGUAGCAUGGGCCUGGGACUCUGUUAUAAGGCUCCCAGGGGUUGAUUCGCAUUCAGUCUUUAUAAAUUUUCAGUUAUUUCUAUCAAUUUUAUUUCGGCUAUUUAACGGAUAUGAUCCUGAAGGAUGAACUGUAUUCUUCAGAAUUGAGUAGUGAUAUGAAGCAACAGAUCUGUGAUUGUUUUGUUUCUAUUCAUCAUUUUUAUUAAUGUUGAUUUCUGUAUGCAUAGCUGAGUGAUAUCUAUUUUUUGUUGUUCUUAUUUUUGCAUUAUUAGACAUAUUUAUAGCUAUUUCUAUUUUUACUUUUAACCAAAACUUGCUUAGAUGUGGAAAAGACUGUAUUACUACCAGUUAAUUGAACAAAUUGGAAGAGUGAAGUCUCUGAUAGAAUCUGAGUAAUUUAAAAUUCAGUAACCUUGAAAGGUAAAGGUCACUGAUGCGGGCCGGGUUGCCGGUCUGACAGCAAUGGUGCUAACUUGUCUCUGAUGUGGUGUGUGUGUUAUUUAUGUCAAGAUUUUUUUUUAAUUAAUGCUUAGUGCUUUUUUAUACAAACUUAGAUAGCCAAACAUUUUCACAAUGUUUUUUCACUUACAAGAGUUCUGACAAUGUGCCUUUUUAUCAAAGAUUGUUGACAAUCUGUCAUUGAUGAGAUGAGAAGUGAUCGAUGUUGUGUGAAGUUUUAUAAACAUUUAGCUUUGUUUCAAUUUACCAAAAUCUGCAUUUUGUUAUAAACACACAUCAACUAUUCUGUAAAUUAAAACUCUGUAUAUUAACUGUCAACAUGUGAUCUAUGAAUGUGCUAGCUAACGACAGAGUACAUGUAACUUCCAAGGAAUGUUUGUGUCGGUAUUCAGGAAUUCUCUGAAAUUCUAGGAUUUCUGUGUAAUUAUGAUGGUUAUCAAGGGACAGAACUCUGUUUUCGUUAGCACUUGCAAUAAAUGGCAGUAAAUAAAUAAAUGAGGUGUGUGAAGUCACUGAAAGCAUUGCCGUGUCAGAGGUGGAAUCUGCCAAAUUUUUUUGUUGUAAAAGAUUAUUUAUAUGAUUGUAUGCAGAGAUUUAAGUAAUAUGGUGAGAAAAUUACGGAUUUUGUACGACUUUUAAAUUUAUAUUCGUACUUAAAUAGUGCAAUGUAUUGUUAGAUAGAAUUCAAAAGUAUUUAAUGCAGUAUAUGAUUUAUACAUCACAUACAUGUAUAUAGUGCAAUUUAGCCCAAAACUGUAUUAUGACUUGUAAACUGCUGAAUAAAUGCACUGAGAACAUCA